CCGGUUUUGUUUUAUUUUUAUUAACGUUGCACAUCAUCUGUAACCGCUGCUAAAAUCUCUUCUUCUUCACCACCUCAACAAUCAAAAUUUACCGGAGCCUAUAUUCAAGAUUUGGUCUGUUACAAGGCCUGUAUUCAAUGCGGAGAUUUCCUGACAAGGAUGUAGUUUCCUGGAACUCCAUCAUCAAGGCCUGUAUUCAAUGCGGAGAUUUCCUGACCGCCCGGAGCCUGUUUGAUGAAAUGCCCAGCAGAACCCCUGUGUCGUGGACCACCCUCAUUGACGGCCUCUUGCGAUUUGGAAAGGUCGAGGAUGCUGGGGCAUUGUUCUGGGAAAUGCCCACUGAGGUCAGGGACGUUCCGGCUACUUUGCCAAUGGCAGAGUUGAUAAUGCUCUACGGUUGUUUGUUUCAUCAAAUGCCAUUGCGUGACGUGAUUUCUUGGACUUCCAUCAUUGCUGGGCUUGAUCGCAAUGGAAGGAGUGAACAAGCGUUGGUGCUUUUUCAGAGCAUGGUGGCUUCUGGGGUUAACCCCUCUUCCACCACCUUGAUUAUAACUAAAAUGUCAGCAGCAAAUGGUGCAAGACGUGUUUGGGUUGGUCAAAAUGGAUUGCUUUCAACUCCUGCAGUAUCUGCUGUUAUACGUGAAAGAGUCGGGGUUGAUGUAAGUCAUGUUUUCGUUCAGGGAUCCAAGGCAACAGGAGCAUUUAUACUGACAGCAAGUCACAACCCUGGUGGCCCUGAGGAGGAUUUUGGAAUUAAAUAUAACAUGGAAAAUGGUGGACCAGCACCUGAGGGAAUUACUGACAAGAUAUAUGAAAACACAACAACAAUUAAGGAGUACUUUAGUGCUGAAGAUCUGCCAGACGUGGAUAUCACCAAAGUAGGUGUUACAAACUUUACAGGCCCUGAAGGACCAUUUGACGUUGAGGUUUUUGAUUCAGCAAGUGAUUAUAUAAAAUUGAUGAAGUCAAUUUUUGAUUUUGAAUCUAUCAGGAAACUGCUGUCAUCUCCUAAGUUCACAUUCUGUUUUGAUGGAUUACAUGGAGUUGCUGGAGCUUAUGCAAAGAGUAUUUUUGUAGAUGAGCUUGGUACACAAGAAAGCUCUUUACUGAACUGUACACUAAAGGAAGACUUUGGAGGCGGACACCCUGACCCCAAUUUGACAUAUGCAAAGGAGUUGGUUGCUCGCAUGGGAUUGGGCAAAUCCGAACCGCAAGAUGAGCCCCCAGAGUUUGGUGCUGCUGCUGAUGGUGAUGCAGAUCGCAACAUGAUACUCGGUAAAAGGUUUUUUGUCACUCCUUCAGAUUCUGUGGCCAUUAUUGCUACAAAUGCUGUUGAAGCUAUACCAUACUUUUCUGCUGGCUUAAAGGGAGAUUUUAAGUUUUAAGAUUCUUUCUCAAAACUUUCAUCAGUGUGUAGUUUUGCAAGCAAAGACACAUGUCUGUAUGCGCAAUGCAGUACUGGCAGGCUUAUGCUUAUAUAUGCUUGGUAAUAAACUGUUUGUAACUAUCUAGCUAGUUGCUGCAAAAGGGGCUAUUACUUGAGAAGAUGAUAGGUUGUAUUAAUGAUUUGUUCCUUUGAUCAUGAUUGUGCAUCGACUAUA